AUGUCGCCCCCUGCCUCCCUCCCUCGUUCCCCCUCGCUGGACAGCUGCUGGAACACCGACUUGUGUCCGCAGGUGGACGGACCACGCAGCGAGGCGGCGCUGGAGCGCCAGAAGCGGCUGAUGGUCACCCAGUGGCUGGCGUCGCAGCUGCCGACACCACCACCACCACCAGCAACAACAACAACAACAACAACAACGCAGCCCCACAGGCCAGAAGCUGACGGCGCCGCCGACCUCCACCGCGACCACAGUGGUGCUCCAGCGGGUGAUUCCUACAGUGAGUGUGUACCUUACCAGCGAAUGGACCCUGCUUCACCUCAGCAACUCGGGCCUCACAACGACAACUAUAGAAGCGGCGGCGGAAGCGAAGCAGCAGCAGACGUCGACGAAGCGGAGCCCUGCCGCCGCGUGGAGGGCAUCGAGGGCGCGGGAGGUGUGGCAGGUGUGUACGCGUGGCAGUGGCUGCCGGGGCGCCCGCAGCCGCCGCUCGCCGUCGCCGCUGACGACAUCAAGCUCGAGCUGUCGUUCGAGGUGGAGCUGCAGCUGUCCGGCCACCAGCGGCUGUCUGGCGAAGGUUGGGAGGGGGAGGGGGAGGAGCAGGAGACGCCGGCCCACCCCAGCCGGCCGCGCCUGGUCGCCUGCCGAGACGCCUUCGUCCAGGUUACAGAAGAAGAGAUAGCACAGUACAUGGGCGAGGGAGAUGUGGACCACCCUCUGAGGGUACUCAGCCAGGAAAACAUGACUGUUGUCUCCACAUUCGCUGACUCGGCGUCGGGCAGCUACUCGCUGGACGGGAUGCGAGUGCAGCGGCGCCGCUGGGCCUGGGGGUGGGAGUCGCCGCCCCCGCCUCCCCCGCUCUGCAGAUCACAGUCCGCCUCUGCCGCCGACGUCCGGCUCACGCAGCGGCGGCCCUCGGCUGCCGGCCGCGCCACCGACGACGCAGACGUCGACGACUGGGAGGGCAGCCUCGCCAGCGAGCCGCCGCCAGCCACAGACAGGCGACCGCAGCGCCGCACGGCGGCCAUCACGCCGGACCUGAUCCGCGGCGCGCGGCCGGCCCACCGCAGCCUGCCCGCACGCAGCCGGAGCAGCACCGCCGCCCCCGCCGCCCCCACAGUCUGCGGCCCCGAGCGCCCCUGGACGCUGCAGCGCCCGGACGGCGCCUCCGACCCCUGUGUAGUCGACAGCGACCCCGCUGGAGACUCUGCGCCGGCAGCCGCCUGCGCUCGCCCCCCUGCGAGCCCGCCACACGCUACCAUUGCUCUCCGCAGAGACACAGUGUUUCGCCCGCGGCAGCCGCCCUUCCCCCGCCGCCGGCCGAGCCUCCUGCUGGUGACGUCGUUCCUACCUGGCGGCAGCGCCUGCGGGCCGUCGCCAGCAAGCUGA